AUGAGUUGUUCGAUAUCAUCAGCAGCGUCUUCCUACGGUGAACAACAGCCUAUAAGAUCUAUUGCCUCAGACGAAGAGAAAGAUAACGACAUAUGCAGUCUCAGUUGCCUUGUUACAAACUGCCUUUGUACAACCAGUUGUACCACUGGCGAAUCCUCGCCGCCAGCCUUGAAACCUUUUCUCCGUCCUAGUUUAUUUUCCAAUGUGCCUCCGACAAUACGAUUUUAUAGCAAGGAAUCAAAAGUUACAAAACCGAGCAAAGCGAUUCGUUCAACACUAAUGUGGUGUAAAAAUAGUCUUUUACCUAUUGUUAUGCGACAAAGCCUUGCUGCAAGUCAUUUUACAAUAGUUGAUGAAUCGAACUUUUGGAUUGGUUACUGGGGACGACACUUAAAAUCGACUCAGUACCGAGCAAUUAAGCCAUAUCAGAAGGUUAAUCAUUUUCCUGGUGCAUUUCACAUGGGACGAAAGGAUCGUCUUUGGCAACACAUAAAUGAAAUGAUUGCUCUGUGGGGUUUGGAUGAAUAUCACAUUAUGCCAACAACUUAUGUUCUACCACGGGAUGUAAAGAAAUUGAAGGCUUACCUUAACAGUAAUACUCCUCAUAUCGUCAUACUUAAACCGCCUGCAUCUGCUCGAGGCACAGGCAUCAGUAUUGCUAGCAAAAUUAAACAAAUUCCAAAAAAAACACCACUUGUUGCUCAGCAUUAUAUUCAUCGGCCGUUAAUUAUUAAUUCGGCAAAAUUUGAUUUACGUUUAUACGUUUAUGUGACAAAUCUUGAUCCUUUACGUAUAUACUUAUACAAUGAUGGCCUUGUUCGAUUCGCAAGUAUCCCUUAUUCUUCUGCACUUAGCUCGAUGUCAAACAAAUUUAUGCAUUUAACGAACUAUAGUAUCAAUAAGUUGGCACAGUCAGCAGGCGAACGUACGACGCCUGUGCCGAAAUGGAAAUUAUCGGAUUUUUGGACACAUAUAGCUGAGCAUAUAGAUGUAGAUGUUGUUAAACCAAGGAUAAAGGAUAUUAUUAUCAAAGCUGUCCUUGCUUGUGAAAAUCACAUUCGGAUACAUCAGAAAAAACACAGUUUGUAUACUUUCACAAGUCAUGAGCUUUAUGGAAUGGAUAUUUUACUUGAUGACACUCUCAGGCCUUGGUUAUUAGAGGUAAAUAUUUCACCCUCAUUGCACUGCGCAACACCUACAGAUAUAGCCGUCAAAACAACGCUUGCAAAGGACGUACUGAAUCUUUGUGGUAUCCAGAUUCCACCGGAUUUGAUGGAUAAAAGUAAUACGUUAUCUAUGGAUUAUCGCGUAAAAUCAUUUGACGGUAAUAAAAGCAAUGAAGAUUUAAAGAAGGAGCGACAUCAUCUUGAAUAUUUUAAGAGAAAUAGAAAAAUUGAUCGAAGGAUACUGGAUGAACUGACAGGUUGUGACGCACGGAUUUUGAUUGAAUUUGAAGACGAAUUAGAUCGUUCCGGUAAUUUCGAUCUCAUAUUUCCCACCGCUGAGACGAUUGAUUACGUCAAGUACUAUAACAGUCCGUUGACCUACUCAAAUUUGUUGUUGGCGCAAUGGCAAGUGGAGCAAGAGGCACGUGGGCGUGAAAUUGGCAUAGGUAUUUUGGAAGAUAUUUCGAGUAAAAGUGAACAUCUGGCUGAUACAGACAUUUUUGAAAAUGCGAACUGA